AUGGUUCUAAUUGUUACAUCUCUGUUGUUCUCAGCAGUACCUCAUCAGCAGAGCUUUUGUGGAAGUGAGCGCAGUUCGGGACCAAUCCGCUGUUUUCGCUGCAGAGAGAUUUGUAAAGGAGAGGUUGUGCGAGUGCAGAACAGCCACUUCCAUGUCAAAUGCUUCACCUGUCAAGUGUGUGGCUGUGACUUGGCCCGUUCUGGAUUCUUUCAAAAGAACGGUGAAUACAUCUGUACAGCAGACUACCAGAGUCUGUAUGGCACCAAGUGUGACAGCUGUGGAGAUUUCAUCACGGGGGAGGUUGUGUCAGCGCUGGGAUGCACAUAUCACCCAAAGUGCUUCAUCUGCAGUGUAUGCAGAAAACCUUUUCCUAUUGGAGACCAAGUGACGUUCAGUGGGAAGGAGUGUGUGUGUCAGCAUUGCUCCUGCAAGCUCGCCGCUUCAAAUGAACCUAUCAAGAUUCAUGGGCCAAGUCACUGUGCCGGCUGUAAGGAGGAGAUCAAGCAAGGGCAGUCUCUCCUGGCAUUGGAAAAACAGUGGCACGUCAGCUGCUUUAGGUGCCAGACUUGCGGAAUGGUGCUUACUGGAGAGUACAUCAGCAAAGAUGGUAUCCCAUACUGUGAAUCAGAUUACCACGCCCAGUUUGGUAUAAAGUGCGAGACCUGCUUCAGAUACAUCAGUGGACGAGUGUUAGAGGCUGGAGGGAAGCACUAUCACCCCACAUGUGCCCGCUGUGCCCGCUGUCAGAUGAUGUUUACAGAGGGAGAGGAGAUGUACCUAACAGGUUCGGAGGUUUGGCAUCCAGCGUGUAAGCAUGCGGCCCGGGCAGAGAGGAAGCUCAGAGUACGUCAUACCUCAGAGACGUCUAUCUCUCCACCAGGCUCCAGCAUCAGCUCACCCAGCCGAGUCAUCUCGGCCAGACUGGAGAAUGAAAUCCUAGCAUACAAAGAUCUGGCCGCGCUGCCUAAAGUUAAGGCCAUUUAUGAACUGCAGAGGCCUGAUUUCUUUUCCUAUGAGGCCUGUCAAAGGUUCUACUCGGACGACGGGCUAGAACGCCUCAGCUAUGGCGAGUCUCUGGGUACACUCUCUCCUUAUUCACAGGAAAUGUAUGACAGUGUUGAUCUGAGGCAGCGGAGGUCCUCCAGUCCUGGCUACAUCGACUCCCCCAGCUACAGCAGACAGGGCAUGUCCCCUGUACUACCCCGCUCUCCACAGCACUACUACAGAUACGGCACGGAAAGUGGCAGGAGCUCGCCCUAUUACCCACAGCUGGAGGCCAGGUGUAGCACGCCCACCACCUAUCAAGCGCCGAAGCAUUUCCAUGUGCCAGCGACAGGAGAGCCUAACAUCUACCGGAAGCCUCCCAUCUAUAGGAGACAUGAUAAUAAUAACGAAGCCACGAAGAGCAGAACCAGCGAAGAUAUUCUUCAGUCAUCCAAGUUCUCGGCCUAUUCACCGGAGCACUACCAGCAUUCCCCGACUGAUUAUUACCAAAAUAUCGGCUCUCCUAAAUCUUUACGUGUUCCUCGGAGAAGAUUCUCAUCCGGAGGAGAGGAAGAUGGUUGGAAUCAUGGCCUUCAAAGAAUCCAAGGUGGGAUUGGCAGGAUGAUCCUGAAGGAGGAGAUGAAAGCACGCUCCGGUUCUUAUGACAAUGACCCUUGGGGAAGCUCCCGAAACUCCCGCACAGGGAGCAAAGAGACGCUGCACAACACCAGCUACAACAACACCAUUAAUGGUUCUCCUCAGGUGCUCUAUCCAGCUGAAAAUGAGUAUAUAUCCAAAUCAUCGUCUUUACCAGGGUAUGGCAGGAAUGGACUUCACAGGCAACAAAAUACAGACUACUUUCAGUAUGACAGUGGCAACGCAGUCAACUGGGGAAUCCGAGAAUACAAGGUUUAUCCAUAUGAGAAUCUAAUUGUGACCACGAGGGGGCGAAACAGGUUACCGAAGGACGUUGACAGAGCCAGGCUGGAGAGGCAUCUUUCUCCUGAGGAGUUCUACCAGGUGUUUGGCAUGACCAUGGCAGAGUUCGACCGACUGGCAUUGUGGAAGAGGAAUGAGAUGAAGAAGCAGGCCAGGCUGUUCUAAGUUUUUCAAAACUGUCUUCACACAAAAUAGAGACCUGCUUGCCAGUCUUGUUCCACCUGGCAGCCAAAUGAACAGCAGUAGCACCACGUUGCUGAGUAUGUGCCAGGCACAUAACGAAGUAUUAACUGUACCAAGAGCUGUGAGCGUAGGAACAAAAACGAAAAGAGAGAAAGCAAAGGUCUAGAAGAACGAGGAAUCUGAGGGUCACUUUUGAUUAUUGUAGUUUAAUAUGAAGACUUAGGAUUUUUUGCCUUAAAGUUUUGUUAACUUAUGCACCAGCAAA